CAGUGAGAAAAUACAUCUCUCUUUGUUAAAGCCAUCCACUUGUGGUAUUUCUGUGACAGCAGCACUAGAUGACUAAGACAAGCACUAUGCUAUAAACUUUGUCUCUAAUCUCACAAGAAGCAUUUAAAGUGUGUGGUAUUACAUCCAUUUUAUAGACAAGGAAACUAAAGCUCAGAAAUUAAAUCACUUGCCCAGGGUCUCAUAACAAGUAAUGGGAAUGUCGGCAGCUGGCAUGUGUACUGCCUAUUUGCCUUUUGUCACAGAUGCUAGAUCUCUAUCUUUGUAUUUGAAUAAAUUACACAUUCACAUGGUUUGAAUUCACAAGUACAACAAAAAGCUUCCUCCAACCCAGUUCUCCCCUCUAGGGGAAUCAAUUUCAUCAUGCUACAGCAUAGCCUUCCAGAUGUAUAUGGAAACAAAAACAUCCAUUUACACUGCAUUUUAUUCUCCUUGAAUCAAAGGUUGGGUACUAUACACCAUCACACCAUCCUGCACUUUUUUAUUAUUUUACCUAUCCCGGAGACAGCAAUAAACAAAGGGCUUUUUCAUUUUUAGUUUACAAAUGCGAUCACAGAAAAGACUGAACACUACAUAAACUGAGGUGCCUCUAUACACAAUUACAGCUAAGAAAUAGACUAUUUUUCCUCAAUGCACCUAUUUAGAAACAAAGGGGAACUUGAGAAACGCAAAUUGGUGUGUAAUUAACAUAUGAAUUUGACUCUGUUGUUAAAUCAGAAAAGAGAGUUAUGAGUUAAUGUCUUCGUAAUCAUUUCUUAGCUGGGCAAAAGCAGCUGACUGUGAGAGGAAGAGUGGGAAGUGGGCCCUGAUAUACAAAAUUUUUCUACUUGACACUAAGGAACAUCUUUAAAUGUUCUUCUAGAAUCACCGCGAAAACAAAGUAGAAGGUCCAAUGUGGAAAGAGAAGAGAUUUGGUAAACAACUGCCAAUAAAAAUUGAGGUAAUUAUGGGCCAUUGCUGAAGUCCCAAACAGGGUACUUUCAUUCUUCGUAGCGGAUCCGAAGAACUCGACCUACUUUCUCAUUUUUUCAUAACUGAUGCCAUUAAUUACAACCCCAAACCUAGUUGUAUCCAAGUUCCCCUGCUACUCUCUAGGAAAUGGAGAAAGGUACGUUUUGGAGGAAAAUAAACCUAGAACCACAGAAACUACUGGACCAAGAACCAUUAACAGCCAAACCCGCUGCCGUCGAGUCGAUUCCGACUCAUAGCAAUCCUAUAGGGCAGAGUAGAACUACCCCAUCGGGUUUCCAAGGAGUGGCUGGUGGAUUCCAACUGCCGACCUUUUGGUUGACAGCCGAGCUCUUAACCACAGCGCCACGAGGGCAUCAUUACAGCCGAAACUUGGUAAACUCUGUGACUUCCUCUACUUCUGUUUUAUCUCCUGUCUAGAAAAAGAGCUCGCUCUACACCUUCUCCAUGUGCCAAGACAGAAUCAUCUCCAGAGAUUAUUCUUCCCCGUUUUGGAAAUGAGACAACUGAAGCUCACAAGAGAAAACAAGUUAUCCGAAGUUGAAUUUCCAAAGCGGAAAUUCAAACCAACGUCUUGACUCCAAAAGUGGUGGAGAGAGAGCUGGAUGCCCUUUUGGAACAGCAAAACACCAUUGAAAGUAAGAUGAUCAGUCUCCACCGAAUGGGUCCCAACCUGCAAUUGAUUGAGGGAGAUGCAAAGCAACUGGCUGGAAUGAUCACCUUUACCUGCAACUUAGCCGAGAAUGUAUCUAGCAAAGUCCGUCAGCUUGACCUGGCCAAGAAUCGCCUCUAUCAGGCCAUCCAGAGAGCUGAUGACAUCUUGGACCUGAAGUUCUGCAUGGAUGGGGUUCAGACUGCUUUGAGAAAUGAAGAUUAUGAGCAGGCUGCAGCCCACAUUCAUCGCUACUUAUGCCUGGACAAGUCAGUCAUUGAGCUCAGCCGACAGGGCAAAGAAGGCAGCAUGAUUGAUGCCAACCUGAAAUUACUGCAGGAAGCUGAGCAGCGUCUCAAAGCCAUUGUAACAGAGAAGUUUGCUAUUGCCACCAAAGAAGGAGAUCUGCCCCAGGUGGAGCGCUUCUUCAAGAUCUUCCCACUACUGGGUUUGCAUGAAGAGGGAUUAAGCAAGUUCUCAGAAUACCUUUGCAAGCAGAUGGCUAGUAAAGCUGAGGAGAACCUACUCUUAGUGCUGGGGACGGACAUGAGUGAUCGAAGAGCUGCAGUCAUCUUCGCAGAUACACUCACUCUCCUGUUUGAAGGGAUUGCCCGCAUUGUGGAAACCCACCAACCGAUAGUGGAGACUUACUAUGGGCCAGGGAGACUUUAUACCCUGAUAAAAUAUCUGCAGGUAGAAUGUGACAGACAGGUGGAGAAGGUGGUGGACAAGUUCAUCAAGCAGAGAGACUACCACCAGCAGUUCCGGCAUGUCCAAAACAACUUGAUGAGAAAUUCUGUAACAGAAAAAAUUGAGCCGAGGGAACUAGAUCCCAUCCUGACUGAGGUCACCCUGAUGAAUGCCCGCAGUGAGCUGUAUCUGCGCUUCCUCAGGAAGAGAAUCAGCUCAGAUUUCGAGGUGGGGGAUUCCAUGGCCUCAGAAGAAGUAAAGCAAGAGCAUCAGAAGUGUCUGGACAAACUCCUCAAUAACUGCCUGUUAAGCUGUACCAUGCAGGAGCUAAUUGGCUUAUAUAUUACCAUGGAGGAGUACUUCAUGAGGGAGACUGUCAAUAAGGCUGUGGCUCUGGACACCUAUGAAAAGGGCCAGUUGACAUCCAGCAUGGUGGAUGACGUCUUCUACAUCGUUAAGAAGUGCAUUGGGCGGGCUCUGUCCAGCUCCAGCAUCGACUGUCUCUGUGCCAUGAUCAACCUCGCCACCACAGAGCUAGAGUCUGACUUCAGGGAUGUUCUGUGUAACAAGCUACGGAUGGGCUUCCCAGCCACCACCUUACAGGAUAUCCAGCGUGGAGUGACGAGUGCUGUGAACAUCAUGCACAGCAGCCUCCAGCAGGGCAAAUUUGACACAAAAGGCAUUGAGAGCACUGAUGAAGCCAAGCUGUCCUUCCUGGUGACUCUGAACAAUGUGGAGGUGUGCAGUGAAAACAUAUCCACUCUGAAGAAGACGCUGGAGAGUGACUGCACCAAGCUGUUCAGCCAGGGCAUUGGAGGGGAGCAGGCCCAAGCCAAGUUUGACAGCUGCCUUUCUGACUUGGCUGCCGUGUCCGACAAAUUCCGAGAUCUCUUGCAGGAAGGGUUGACAGAGCUAAACAGCACAGCAGUCAAGCCGCAGGUGCAGCCCUGGAUCAAUACCUUUUUCUCCGUCUCCCACAACAUCGAGGAGGAAGAAUUCAACGACUAUGAGGCCAAUGACCCUUGGGUACAACAGUUCAUCCUUAACCUGGAGCAGCAAAUGGCAGAGUUCAAGGCCAGCCUGUCCCCAGUCAUCUAUGACAGCCUGACCAGUCUCAUGACCAACCUUGUUGCAAUUGAGUUGGAGAAAGUGGUGCUGAAAUCGACCUUCAACCGGCUGGGCGGUCUGCAAUUUGACAAGGAACUGAGGUCACUAAUUGCCUACCUUACCACGGUGACCACCUGGACCAUCCGAGACAAGUUUGCCCGGCUCUCCCAGAUGGCCACAAUCCUCAAUCUAGAACGGGUGACUGAGAUCCUGGACUACUGGGGCGCCAACUCGGGCCCCUUAACAUGGCGCCUCACCCCUGCUGAAGUCCGCCAGGUGCUAGCUCUGCGCAUAGACUUCCGUAGUGAGGACAUCAAGAGGCUGCGCCUAUAGCUGCCAGGGUGAGCCCACCUGGGCCAGAUGCUUCAGGGCCCAUUCUCUAAGUAGCCACAGCCAAGUGCUGAGCAAGGCUGUUUGGGCUGGAGGAGCUCCGACAGCCCAGACCAUCCACAACAGGGAAGCAAGGCCUGGGCUCACUCUAUACUUCUUCCUUCAGACCUAGCUGGGUGCUGCUUUGGGGGCAGCCUGACCCCUUCAAGAGAGAUGGGUCCCCCUAGGCUCCUAAUUAGGUGGGAAAGCCAGGGCAGACAGCAUGAGGACCAGGCCACCUUUCUGAAUGGACAGCAUUCCCUCACCCUCAGACACUGCAGCAAACAGGCUGCCUCCUGCCAGCCUUUAGAGUACUUGCGUGCAUCUGGGGACCUAGGAAAUUCAGUUUGACUUGUACUGUUUAUGAUCACCCUGAAUAAAGACACUCCUUUGAGAGA